AUUUUAUUCCUGUCAUACAGCCAUAGUAAUGCCAAUAGUAUUCAUCAUAGGACUGGCGUCUGUGCAAAUUUCUACUGAAGCAGACAUGGAAUCAAAAAAGAGGAAAAAAACAGCGAACGCAUGUUUUCAUGCACACUGAUUGAGAAGACGACGACGUCGGUUGGAGUAAGAAAUCGGUGAAAACUUGUUUUCUCCAUGCUCAGACGAUUGACAUGAUGGCUAUGAAUGUUAUUCAUCCAGCUGUUCUUAUCUAACAAGACGAUAGCGGAAGCGGCGUGCAAAUGAGACCUAAUUGGAAGAAGCCAAAAACUUGGGGAAAAUUCUGACAUAUCUGAUAGGGGAAGAAUGCUGCUGUCAUCGAUUCGUCAUUUUCCUUUUGGAAUUUAUCUGUAGGUGUCUUUCCUACCACCAUGAAUUUUUGACAUGAUACAUGCGUAAUGCAUUUGUCUUCUUCUCGGCCGAACUUGCUAAAUCAAUUCACCACACGAGUACCUGAUCAUGUGCUACUUCUACUAAUCGAACGUGAGGUUCAUGUAUUUGUGCUACUAGUGGUGGUGGUGGUUGUCAAUGGCGGAUUGAAAUUUGAAGAAAUUGUUGGAUCGGAGAUAUUCAAUGGCUCCUAUGAGAAUUUUACUUGGGGGUGAUUUUGAUUUGCUUUCACCAGCCACACAAAUAAGUAUUUCAGACAUCUUCAACUUGGCGUUUGUCUUUAUCUUCUACCUUUUGCUACUCGUAAGUUAUCUUAGGAAAAGUAACACCAACAGAUUCAGGGGAAGAAGUGAUUGGAUAUCACUCUCAGUUGCAUUUUGUUGUCUUCUUACUUGUGUUGCAUAUGCUAUUGCUGGUUUAUGGGAGGCAACUGCUAAAACCCCUCAAUGGAGUUGGUGGGUUUUGAUUGCUAGAGCUUUUGUUUGGGUAUCUUUGAUGGUUUCAUUGCUUGUAGAAAGAUUCUCACCAAUGACGAUUCUGGCUUCUGUUUGGUGGGUUUUCUUUUUCGUGUCAAUUUCUGUUGUGAACAUCAUGUGUUUGGCAGAUAAACAGAGCAUAAGCAUCUUGGUUUUGAUGGAAUGGGUUGCUAGCUUCUUGCUUUUUUUAUGUACUUUAAGAAACAUAAAACACUUUGUCAACCAACAAACGUCAAACCAGACGUUAUCAGAGCCCUUAUUGGUUGAUGAAACACAGGAAGAAGGGCAUACAAGCCAACUGGAAGAGCCAAGUUUUCUCAGUAAAUUGGUAUUUUCUUGGGUGAACUCAUUGCUUGCAUUAGGUUAUAGAAAACCAUUAGUUCUUGAAGAUAUUCCAUCUCUAGCAUCCGUAGACCAAUCAUCCACAGCCCAUGAGAAAUUCACCAAGGCAUGGGAUUCACUUCAGAAGGAAAAGACCACAAACAAUGGUAACUUGGUUCCUAAAUCAUUAGCCAAAGUUUAUUUCCUAGAGAUGGUUUUAUCAGGACUUUGUAUCUUUCUUAGGACUCUAUCUGUUGUCAUUAGCCCAUUGUUACUCUAUGCCUUUGUUGACUACUCCAAAAGUGACACACAAGAUCUACAUCAUGGACUCUUGUUAGUAGGGUGUUUGAUUGUAGUAAAGGUAGUAGAGUCAUUAACUCACCGACAGUUUUUCUUUAAUGCAAGAAGAACUGGUAUGAGGAUGAGAUCUGCUUUAAUGGUGGCAGUCUAUGAGAAGCAACUCAAGCUUUCUGUUCUAGGAAGGAGAAGGCAUUCGACAGGGGAAGUUGUAAAUUACAUAGCAGUUGAUGCUUACAGAAUGGGUGAUUUUCCUAUGUGGUUUCAUAUAGGGUGGUCAUGUUUCCUCCAACUAUUUCUUGCUAUUGGUGUCUUGUUCUCUGUAGUAGGGGUAGGUGUUCUUCCUGGUUUAGUACCCCUUUUAAUAUGCGGGCUUCUUAAUAUUCCAUUUGCAAAAGCUAUUCAAAACAGUCAGUUGGAGCUUAUGGUAGCUCAGGAUAAAAGAUUGAGAUCCACUUCUGAGAUCUUAAACAACAUGAAGGUCAUAAAGUUACAAUCUUGGGAAGAAAAAUUCAAGAAAUUAAUUGAAUCUUGUAGAGAAACUGAAUUCCAUUGGCUUAGAGAUAUUCAAUUCAAGAAAGCAUAUGGCACGGUUUUGUAUUGGAUGUCACCAACACUCGUUUCUUCAUUUGUAUUUUUUGGAUGCGUGAUUUUGAAGAGUGCUCCUUUAGAUGCUGCCACUAUUUUUACAAUUUUGGCAGCAUUAAGGAGUAUGGCGGAGCCCGCGAGGGUUUUCCCUGAUGCACUUUCUGCAUUAAUCCAGGUCAAAGUAUCCCUUGACCGGAUCAAUUCUUUCUUAGUUGACGAUGAACUUAAAGAUAACAGAAUGGAAAGAGACCAAGAACUUGAAAGUUCCCAUGAUGAUGCUAUCAUAAUCCAGAAUGGGAAUUUCACUUGGGAACCGGAAUCACCCAUUCCAACUCUUCAAAAUGUAAAUCUUGAAGUGAAGCAUGGGCAAAAAGUUGCAGUUUGUGGGUCAGUUGGUGCUGGAAAGUCAUCUUUGCUAUAUGCUAUACUUGGAGAAAUAUCCAAAACAUCAGGAACAGUGGGUGUAUCUGGUUCAAUCGCGUAUGUUAGUCAAACAUCUUGGAUUCAAAGCGGGACAAUUCAAGAUAACAUAUUGUAUGGGAAGCCGAUGGAGAGAAGUAAAUAUGAAAAGUCCAUAAAGGCGUGUGCUUUGGAUAAGGAUAUUGAAGCUUUUGACCAUGGAGAUUUAACAGAAAUAGGACAAAGAGGGCUUAACAUGAGUGGUGGACAGAAACAGAGGAUUCAACUUGCUCGAGCAGUUUACAAUGAUGCUGACAUCUAUCUUCUUGAUGACCCUUUCAGUGCUGUAGAUGCACAUACAUCAGCAACUCUCUUUAAUGAUUGUGUUAUGACCUGUUUAAAGAAGAAAACCGUCAUUCUUGUCACUCAUCAAGUGGAGUUUCUCUCAUCUGUUGACAAUAUUCUGGUUAUGAAAGACGGUCAAGUUACACAAUCAGGAAACUAUGAGGAGCUGUUGAUGGCAGGAACAGCAUUUGAAGAGCUUGUGAAUGCUCAUAAAGAUGCCAUUACAGGUUUAGAGCCUUCGCCUUCUGAAAACAAAAAUGAAGUACUAAAACCAGGCAUGGAGAAUAGUGAUAAUAAAAGUUAUCUCAGUAAAGGAAACAGUGAGGGGCAAUUGGUAACAGGAGUGCAGUUGACUGAAGAGGAAGAGAAGGAGAUUGGAAAUGUUGGAUGGAAGCCUUUCUUAGAUUACAUUGUCAUCUCAAAAGGAUUAUGGCUCUUGUCUUUGUGUGUAUUAAGCCAAUCCAGUUUUGUUGUUCUUCAAGCAGCAGCAAGUUAUUGGCUAGCAUUUGGUAUUCAAAUCCCUAAAAUCACUAACAUCAUGUUGAUUGUUGUUUACACUUUGCUCUCAACCUCUAGCACCUUUUUUGUGUAUCUGAGAUCACUGCUUGCUGCCCUUUUGGGAUUAAAAGCCUCCAAAUCAUUCUUUACUAAAUUUACCGAUUCGAUUACACGUGCUCCCAUGGUCUUCUUUGAUUCUACUCCAGUUGGACGAAUUCUUACAAGGGCCUCAUCUGAUCAAAGUGUGAUUGAUUUUGACAUACCCUUUGCGUUUGUGUAUUCGCUUGCUGCUGGUAUUGAACUACUUGGUAUGAUUUUCAUUAUGGCUUCAGUGACAUGGCAAGUUCUUAUUGUAGCCAUCUUCGGUAUUGUGGCUUCAAAAUACGUUCAGGGAUAUUAUCAGCCAGCAGCAAGGGAACUAAUGAGAAUCAAUGGAACCACAAAAGCACCUGUGAUGAAUUACGCAUCUGAAACGUCACUUGGAGUGGCAACAAUACGAGCAUUCAAGAUGCAAGACAGGUUUUUUAAGGAUUAUAUGAGGCUAGUGGAUAGAGAUGCAAGUAGUUUCAUUUUCUCAAAUGCAACAUUGGAAUGGUUGGUUUUGAGAAUAGAAGCCCUUUCGAACCUGACCUUGUUCACAGCUAGUUUUCUCCUGGUUUUCAUACCAAAGGGUUUUGUGCCUCCAGGUUUGGUUGGGCUAUCUCUUUCUUAUGCACUGACAUUGACGGGUACCCAAGUGUUCUUGACUAGAUGGUAUUGUAGCUUGGCCAAUUAUGUGAUUUCAGUAGAACGGAUCAAACAGUUUAUGAACAUUCCAUCAGAGCCACCAGCAGUUGUGGAGAACAAUAGACCACCCUCAUCUUGGCCUUCCAAGGGAAGGAUACAGUUCCAGGAUCUAAAGUUGAGGUAUCGUCCAAACGCACCACUAGUACUGAAAGGUAUCAGCUGCACAUUUGAAGAAGGGAAAAGAGUAGGCAUUGUUGGAAGGACAGGAAGUGGGAAGACAACACUCAUAACAGCCUUAUUCCGUUUGGUUGAAGCUGAUAGUGGUCGGAUCCUUAUUGAUGGACUUGACAUUUCCUCUCUUGGCCUUAAAGAUCUCAGGAUGAAACUGAGUGUCAUCCCCCAAGAACCAACCCUUUUUAAGGGCAGCAUCCGAACAAACCUCGACCCUCUAGGACUUCAUUCUGAUGAUGACAUAUGGAAGGCAUUAGACAAGUGUCAACUUAAAACUACCAUCAUGAAUCUUCCACAUUUGCUGGAUUCCUCAGUGAGCGACGAAGGAGAGAACUGGAGUGCUGGGCAAAGACAACUGUUUUGUCUUGGAAGAGUUUUACUGAGAAGAAACAAAAUCCUGGUGCUGGAUGAAGCGACUGCAUCCAUUGAUUCAGCCACAGACGCCAUUUUACAGAAAAUCAUAAGGGAAGAAUUCUCCACUUGCACUGUCAUAACUGUCGCUCACAGAGUUCCAACAGUCAUAGACAGUGACAAGGUCAUGGUCCUCUCAUUCGGAAAAAUGGUGGAGUAUGAUGAGCCUUCAAAGCUACUGGAGACUACUGAUUCUUUCUUCUCCAAGCUUGUAGCUGAAUACUGGUCCAGUUGCACAGCAAGGAACUCUGCCUAAUUAAUUAAUUACAUGCUUGGUAUGGGUGUUACAAGUGUAGCCGAGUCUAUUAGUACGAAAUUUUUGCUUGCUU